AUGGAAUCACAAGAUAGUCCCUACACCCCCAAGUUAAGAGAAACUCAGGAAUGUGAUGUUUGGUUAAAGAAACAACUGGUAAAUGAGGAGAGACAUUUGAGACAAGCCACAAUCACCCAUAAUGAAACUCCUAGAGAAGGAGAUCAUGAAUAUAGUCAAUAUGGGAGAAAAUAUAAUCUAAAGUCAACCCUUAUUACAAAACAGAAAGUUCCGAUAGAAAAAAUGCUACUUAAGUGUGAUAUACAUGGAAAGAACUUAAAACCAAAUUCAGAUAUAAUUAAACAUCAGGGACUUCAUACUGAAGAGAGACCCUACAAAUGUAAUGAUUGUGGAAAAGCUUUCAGUCGGAGUUCAUCCCUUAAUAAGCAUCAGAGGAUUCAUACUGGAGAAAAACCCUAUGAGUGCAAUGAAUGUGGGAAGGCCUUUCUUCAAAGCACACACUUUAUUCAACAUCAGAGAAUUCAUACUGGAGAAAAACCUUAUGGAUGUAAUGAAUGCGGGAAAUCCUUCAGCCAAAGCUCCUAUCUCAAUCAACACCAGAGAAUUCAUACUGGAGAGAAACCCUAUGAAUGUAAUGAUUGUGGAAAAACAUUCAGCCGGAGUGCCCACCUUACUCAACAUCAGAGAAUUCACACUGGAGAGAAACCGUUCAAAUGUGAUGAAUGUGGGAGAGCCUUCAGUCGCAACUCCUCCCUUUUUGAACAUCAGAAAAUUCAUACAGGAGAGAAACCCUAUGAGUGUAAUGAAUGUGGCAAGGCCUUCAGCCAGAGCACGCUUCUUACUCAACAUCAAAGAAUUCAUACUGAUGAUAAAUCCUAUAAAUGUAGUGAAUGUGGGAAAGCGUUUAGCCGGAGUUCAUGCCUUUCUAAACACCAGAGAAUCCACACUGGAGAGAAACCAUAUAAUUGUAAUGAAUGUGGGAAAGCUUUUAGUCAAAGCUCAUGCCUUUCCAAACAUCAGAGAAUUCAUACUGGAGAGAAACCCUAUGGAUGUGAUAUAUGUGGAAAAGCCUUUAGUCAGAGCACACACCUUACUGAACAUCAACUUAUUCAUACUGGAGAAAAACCUUAUGAAUGUAUUAAAUGUGGGAAGAUGUUUAGUCGUAAGUCAUCUCUUCUUGAACAUCAGUUUAUUCACACUGGGGAAAAACCUUAUGAGUGUGUUAAAUGUGGAAAAACAUUUAGUCGAAAAUCAUCCCUUAUUGAGCACCAGUUUAUUCACACUGGAGAGAAACCCUAUAAAUGUAAUGAAUGUGAGAAAACUUUUAGCCAGAGGUCAUGCCUUUCCAAACAUCAGAGAAGUCAUACCGAAGCCAAGCACUGUGAACUUAAUGAUUCGUGA